UCCAUCUUUCUCUCCUCGCGUGUUCAUAGGGCUUUGAAGUCUAACCAACUGCUGUCCCGGAGUCAGCGCUGUAGCUUAAUAUAUGAUAGGGAAUGUACUCCAGUAGCUCCAAGCCGUGUAUUGUUCUCUUGAGCUUGAGCUUGAUCCACAUUAACAGCAUGUCCCGGUGCUCUGGAUGGGAGGUCGCUCUGAACUUGCGCUAAGGCCAAUUUAUCAAGCGGAGCGCGGUCGGAACACAAGGAAGGACACGGGCAAAACUACUACUGUUUAACGGACGAUUAAUGUAAGUAAAAGGACGCAUACCGACAGCCAAGAGAAGGGUUUCUGUUCCUCAACUGGAGAUCAAUGGAAGCGAGGAUAAUAUAUGGAUACAGCCGAUGAUGGCAGGUCGGACAUGCACGUUGUGCCGACUGAAACAGGUUGGUUUCGGCUCGAUCAAACUUCAGCGGAAUCAGACGUGGGACGAUUAGCGCGCAUUUAGGUGCUGAAGAUGAACUGAAUCACUGUCGUUUACAGCGGCGCGCCUGGAGAAGACAGCAGGUUUAUUAUGGGAAACUGCGCUCUAUCAUUCACUGGACUUGUACUGGAUUUAGAGGGUUCUCCCAAUCGCUGCAUCUGGGUGAAGGUCAUCCCCUAAUACUGAUCCGGAUAUCCUUCAGAGCUGAGCUGUGAGACCACAGAUGGACGCCCAGUGUAAUGGAGCCAUGAAACCUGAGGGCAGUGAUCCCGUGGUAGACCCCCGGCCCCCUCCUGCCAAGCUGGCUCGACUGGAGCAAAACGAAGCGGGACCUUCGGCCCAGGAGAGGAGCAGGCAGGGGAGUCCUGAGGCCAAAAACCCCUGCCUGGCCCAGAAAUCCACCACAGUGAGGCCACAGAGCAAGAGCUGGCACAGCAGAGGGAGCCUGCUGCCAGUGUUCUGUGUGGUGGAGCACAGGGAGAGCCCUCUGGAAAGAGAGAGGAGAGAAGAACAUGCUGAGUUUGUGUUGGUCAAGAGAGAUCUGCUGUUUAACCAGCUGAUAGAGAUGGCCCUGCUGACACUGGGCUACUCACACAGCUCUGCUGCACAGGCCAAAGGUCUGAUCCAGGUGGGCAGGUGGAACCCGGUGCCUCUGUCCUGUGUAACAGAUGCUCCUGAUGCCACAGUGGCUGAUAUGCUGCAGGAUGUUCACCAUGUUAUCACCCUUAAAAUACAGCUGCUCAGCUGUCCCAAAUUGGAGGACUUGCCAGCCGAGCAGUGGAGUCACUCAACAGUGAGAAACGCUCUGAAGGAGCUACUCAAGGACAUGAACCAGAGCACCCUGGCCAAGGAGUGCCCACUGUCCCAGAGUAUGAUAUCAUCUAUUGUAAAUAGCACUUACUAUGCAAAUGUCUCAGCUGCCAAGUGUCAUGAGUUUGGUCGAUGGUACAAGCACUUCAGGAAGACCAAAUGCUUCAAGGAGAUUGACAGCUUCUCUGACCAGUCCACACAUAUCACCCUCACCCAGCAGCCAAUCACAGGUAGCCCAGCUGAUCAGAGCUCCACCCUUCUUUUCUCUCGUAGUGAAGUAGCCAGCAUAUGUGGCCAUUCCCCCCUUGGCCUACGCCCUCACGGGUUGGUAGCCCAACCUCUCAGCUCCCAAAUGGUCAACCAGCAGCUAGUAAUGGCCCAAUUUCUCAACCAGCAGUAUGCUGUUAGCCGCAUGCUAGCUGGCCAGGGUCUCUCACUGUCCCCACAGCAGUAUCUCAACCAUCCACCUGUUGGGAGGGCUCCUGCCAAGGUUUUCUCCAAAGCCCCUGAUUCCCAAGCCCCGCAGCAGGCUCACUGUGGCCCAGGGGGAGGCCCUGUAGCCGGGCCGCAAAACCAGACAUCGGCUGGGUCUUCUGUGGGGCCAACAGAUGUGCCAAGUGACAUCUACCACGGUGUGAGGGAGGAACUGAAGAGAGCAGGCAUCUCCCAAGCCGUCUUUGCCCGGGUGGCCUUUAACAGGACCCAGGGUCUGCUGUCAGAGAUUCUGCGGAAGGAGGAGGACCCUAAACACGCCUCCCAGUCUCUGCUGGUCAACCUGCGGGCCAUGUACAGCUUCCUGCAGCUCCCAGAGGCUGAGAGGGAGCGCAUCUACCAGGAGGAGAAAGACAGAAGCCUGACUGGAUUCAUCCCCAGCUGCAAUAACACACCGCCAAGACCCACACAGGCGAGACUGUCCCCAAGUACAGGAGACAGAGGGUUGAGGACAGACAGUUGUGUUCUCAAUGUCAGCGCUUCUAUCUAUGAGGAGAUUCAGCACGAGAUGAAGAGAGCCAAGGUGUCUCAGGCUCUGUUUGCAAAGGUGGCUGCCUCCAAGAGUCAGGGCUGGCUGUGUGAGCUGCUGCGUUGGAAGGAGGAUCCCAGCCCAGAGAACCGGACCUUGUGGGAGAACCUGUGCAUGAUCCGCCGGUUCCUCAGCCUGUCCCAGACUGAACGAGAUGCCAUCUACGAGCAGGAGAGCAGCAACACGACGGCACAGCAGCACUGCUCUGACAGGCUUGCGCUGCUCAGCAAUGAAAAUGCACUGUACCAACGCAACUCUCCACUGCCACAGCAACACCAUCUUCAACCCCAUCAACCCCUGCAGCCUGCGGCAGGACCUCACCUGUCUCCACGGCAACCAUGUGCCGCAUCACCAGCCGAGUCCGAGGCUGGGGGUAUCUGGGGGCACUUGAGAGUACGUUUGCAGGGCAGGGGCAGUAGUAACGGUGAGAGAGGGGACAGUAACGACUGGGUUGAGGGGGGUCGAGGAGAGAGGAGCAGUCUAGUAGGGGACUGGGGUCGUACUGGUAGGGUGAGGGACAAGGGUGCAGAAAGAAAGGAGCAGGUGAGGGAUGGAAAUGUGGGUGAGGAAGAGAUUAAUGAGAUCACUGGAGACAGCAAAGAAGGCAGGGUUAGGGAGAAGCUCACCAUGAAGUGGCCCGGUGUAAGGGAUGAGGACAGAGGUACAACUGGGGUUUGUUCAGAGGAAGAUAAUGAGGUCCAAGGUGAGGGGUUAAGACUUUCCCAUGAAGCACUGGGAAUCCUGCAGAGCUUCAUCCAGGACGUGGGCCUCAACCCAGACGAGGAGGCAGUCCACACCCUGUCAGCUCAGCUGGGCCUGCCCAAACACACCAUCCGAAGAUUCUUCAACAGCCAGGACCAUGACCAGCAUCAACACAGCAGCCACAGCCCAAAACACAGUCGAGACAACCAGCAUGGCUGCGCAGACCCAAACCUCUCCCAGACAGACAUAACUGCAGAGGAACAGGAGGAGGAAGGUGAUGGAGAGACUGAACAAAACGAAGAGGAGAAGCAAACAGGGAGAAAUGAAGAAAGUGAGAUAACUGUUUUGAAAGAAUCAGAUGUUGGCAGUCAAACCAUUCCCACUAUGAAGGAGGAGCAGGAGAGCAACAUCUAACCCAAAUACACGCAGUAGUAUGAUCUCUGUGAGCCACCGAGAUGUUUCACGCCAUUGCUUCACACUCAGCCACUGUUACAUACUGUACGAGAACUGACUCACAGUGUUUUGGUAUCGGAGUGUUAUAUAGGUGUGUGUCCUUAUGUGCUGUGGACUAAAAGCUGACUUAUUGUAUAUGUUUAUACCACAGCUUAGAAGGAUGCUGGUGUUUAUACCCAGACAGCACACCUACAUUAUACUUAGAAAGCUGUCCUGUGAUUUGAGAAUCCCUACUGCACUUGAGACAGAAAAUAACUGUGACUAUAUGUGCAGUGUUAUAAUACAUUGUUUCUGUGUAGAUAUAUGUGUCUGGAUGAAUGGGACCCCAAUACAAAGAGCCUCAGAUUACAUAUCACUGUUAAAGAGUAAUUGUAGUUUUUUGACUGAGCUAAAGUUCGAGAAAUGUUCAUGCCAGAAAUGCCUUGUAGAAAGUGGCACUGCCAGUCUGUUGUUUUAUGAUCAAUAUCUCCAUUAUUUUUGUUUUUACUAUGUUUUAAGAGUACUUUGUGUUUUGGAUCAGUUGUAUAAAGGUUCUACUGUUUCCUUCAGGAAUCUCACUGUUAUAGCUUACUUUGUUCAUGGUGAAGUUUGACUGUCACAUUGUAUUAAAUAUUAAGUUUCUCGAUUGUCUUUUAAAUUUAAUGAUAGAGGAAUUUAUGAAUGAUAUGUAGCAUUUUGAAUUAACCCUUUCACAAAUGAACAGGGCAUCCUCUGCAUUUUUUACUUAAUAAAUCAGUAGAUAAAACAAUGGAUAAGUUCCCAAACUGAUCAUAUGCACAUGUAAAGUAUCUCUACUGCAAGUGAGUCCAUUUUUGUUCCUAUUUCUCAACUUUAUUCAUAAUGUCAAGUUUUGUUGAGGGUCCAAUUUGCUCCUGAACACAUCAUAGUUUACACACAGUAUUUCUAUUGAUACAUGAAUCUAUAAAUUUCUCUCUGUUAUGUUUACACAUCUUGUGGUUGUUAUAUUGUACUGAUUUAUCAUCGUACACACUGAGCAGAGACAGACACAACAAUGAUGAAGCGUUAUAAGGGUUUCCCUGAAGGUUCGCUUUGUCACUCUAUCGUAAACCAUUUCAUGGUUCACACGGAUCGUGCUGUGUGGAGUAAACAAUGUGUAAUGUUUCUUUGUGAAAGAAAGCUUGUGGACUACAAAUAUAAGACUGAAGCCGAAAUGUUAAAAUUAAAUGAUAGCACUUUCAUUUGUAAAAAUUAAGACUCCAUCCAUAGUUGCACUGUAUGUUCAAUACAUCAAUCUGUUGUGAGCAUCUGAUCUACUUUUUUCACAAACAUUCUGAGUGAGAUUAAUAAAAAAUGUUAUGUGUUUCGAGAGUA